GAUAUACAAACGAGGUGUCGAACAAUCAGAACUGGGCAAAAAAGUAGUGAAAGUUAGCUAUCAAGAUACAAAAGAAUGUUUGGAAAGUUUUAGAUAUAAUCGGACGAUAGCUGUUACAGUAAGUCUAGAAGAAACACUUGACACCAUCAAAAAAACACUUCAAGGAUUUUACCCAUUUCUGGAAAAAUCAAAAGAAGAACCAGCACCAGAAUUUAGUACAAAACCUGUUGAUCUCAUUAAGAAACUUGAUUCGUUACUUGAGAGGGAUGAUUAUGCCACGGAUCUUCAGUUUAUGGUAGAUGUUCGGGACACCGUUGGGUCGCUAAAGGAUGGCCAUCUUUCUUUCUAUUCGGAUUGUUACGUGAGCCGAUUCGUAUUUACACAGCAACUUUAUUUGUAUUCUACAAUUAAAAAUAAUGAAACUCAGGUAAUCCAAGUCCUUGAAGACUUACUAGAUCCUAGUAACGAUGAGUGCGAAGUUACCAAAAUCGAUGAACGUCCAGCGAUGGAAGUCAUCACUGAAUUUGCAUAUACACUUCCAGAAUUUAGAGAUCUAGGAGUAGCAUUUAACAAUGCAUUAACUUCUUAUACUAUCAUUAAUGGAACAAAUAUUUCACCUAAUCCGCCACAAUUUACAAUGCAAUGGGUAGCGAUUGAUCAAAUGCCCGGAAUGUUUAAAGAUUCAAAUACAUAUUGGAAUAAGUUUUGUAUUGCGAAAAGUAAUGAUACGAAGGUAUUUGCAGAAAAAAAAAAUAAAGAAUUUGAAUUGAAACGUGGAAAAUUGUUAUAUAGUGAAGAUUUUGCAGGUUUUUACACAUUGGGCGAAACUGGAAUCGUAGUAAUUUCAUCAGUUCUAUCCGAAAGAAGUCGUAAUGACAUAACAGUUGAGAUGGAUAUGAUGAAAGGAUUAAAUCAUGGAUUGGAAUUGCUUGCCCAGGCACGCGUUAAGAAGCUUGUGUUAGAUUUACAAAAUAACUAUGGAGGAUUUAUAGAAGUAUCACAAUUUGUUGUUCAUCGCCUCUUUCUCCAAUCGAUCACUGAGUUCAGUCCAAAGGCAUACCUUAAUGCAUAUACGCGGCAACAAUUUAAUGAUGCAACGGACUUUCUUGGCGAAAAUUUCCAAACUCGGGGCAAUCAUAGAGUUCAUUUUCAAAAAAUAAUUGGAUCAAAUGCUAAACCGCUUCCGUGGCAAUCAAAGGAUAUGGUCAUAUUAACAAAUGGUUUAUGUGGAUCCGCAUGUGCAAUGCUAGCGCAGCAUUUAUCAGAUUACGAAAAUGUCAAGACAGUUGCAGUUGGUGGAUUCUAUAACAGGCCUAUGUCAUAUUCGAGUUUUAUCGGUGGAAGUGUAUUAGACUUUGUAACAUUGAUGGGGACGCUGAAAGAAUUAAACGUGACAGAUUAUAAUAUUGCGCCUAGAGAGUUUUUAAUAAGUACAAAUUUUAGUUUCACUUUCAGAGAGGUUUAUGGAUGGAAAGACGAGAGAGAGUUGUUGGAAUUUAGUUUUAAACCGGCAAAGGAAAGACUAUAUUAUAACGAUAAAAAUGCUAGGGACCCUAGUUUGUUGUGGGUUGAG